CCUGGGGAGAUACAUUGGUCCAGAAAGGAUCUGCAAUGGAUAAAAAAAGCAAGAGUUGCUUCUUACUGAUUAUUCUACUAAAUAGAAUGGCUCCAAGUCUCUCUUCUACUGUAAGUUAUACUGAUCCCACAUUAGAGCCUAUAGCAACUGAACAUUCAGCAAUACGCCAGAAGAUAGUAGAUUCCCAGUUCAAAUGCUACGAGAGGAUGAACAGGCAGCCUCCUUACAAGAAAAAAGGACUAUUCUGUAACCGGACAUGGGAUGGAUGGCUCUGUUGGGAUGACACACCUGCUGGAGAAUUUGCUGAUCAAAACUGCCCUGAUUAUUUCCCAGACUUCGAUCCAACUGAAACAGCAACAAAAUACUGUGACAAGACUGGAACCUGGUUUCGGCAUCCUGAAAGUAAUCGAACCUGGUCCAACUACACACGGUGCAAUUCCUUCACAAAUGAAAAGCGUAAGAUGGUAUUCAUCCUUUACUAUAUGACUAUAGUAGGACAUGCUUUGUCUAUAACCUCCCUGUUGAUUUCCUUGGGAAUCUUCUUCUAUUUCAAGAGCCUCAGCUGUCAAAGGAUAACACUGCACAAGAAUUUGUUUCUUUCUUACGUUCUUAACUCUGUGUUUACACUCGCCCACCUCAUUGCAGUAGUGUCUGAUCGAGACCUAGUAAAAAAGGAUCCGGUAAGCUGCAAAGUGCUUCAGUUUUUUCACCAAUACAUGAUGGGCUGUAACUACUUCUGGAUGCUUUGUGAAGGCAUUUAUCUUCAUACUCUCAUUGUGGUGGCAGUAUUUGCUGAAGAGCAGCGUCUGCACUGGUAUUACCUCUUGGGUUGGGGGUUUCCUUUAGUGCCGGCAUCAAUUCAUGCUGUGGCAAGAACCAAAUACUUCAACGAUAACUGCUGGAUUAGUGUUGACACUCACUUGUUGUAUGUUGUUCAUGGGCCUGUGAUGGCAGCUUUAUUGGUCAAUUUUUUCUUUUUGCUUAACAUUGUGCGAGUUCUAGUAACCAAGCUAAGAGACACUCAUCGCGCCGAGUCCAACAUGUACAUGAAAGCUGUCAGAGCCACUUUAAUCCUUGUGCCCUUAUUAGGAAUUCAGUUUGUCAUUAUUCCAUGGAGGCCAGAAAACAAGCUUGCGGGAGAAGUAUAUGAUUACAUCAUGCAUAUAUUAAUGCAUUACCAGGGUUUACUUGUGGCAACUAUUUUCUGUUUCUUCAAUGGAGAGGUCCAAGGAGCUUUGAAGAGGCAAUGGAUGCAGUAUAAGACCCAGUGGGGUCAAAGACGGCGAGAACAUUGUUCUACGCGAUCUACCUCCUACACAGCCACUUCCAUCACGGAGGUUCCAAUUUAUCUAUACCACCACGACUCCAACAGUGAACAGUUUAAUGGAAAGUAUAUAGAAGACUCUGAACUUGUUGCAUUAAAAUCUGGAGAGACGUCUGCUUAGCUUACGAAUGAAGGACUUCCUAUUUAUACAAGGAGGAGGAGACUUCAAGGCGACUGCAAAAGUGUGCUCAGUCAGGUGCAUAUACAAGCAACAGAUGGCAACAGCUCGAGUCUGAAAAAAACAAAUGUGGCAGAUCGCUCCAGUACUCUUAAAGGCCAAUAGGUCUAAGGCUAGAGCUAGCCAGUGAAAAGCAUGGAAUUUCACUAGUUUCAGAACUUGACCAUAUGAAAUGAGGGAUGCACUAAUAAAAACAACAACCAUCCAUUAGAUGUCCCAUGACAACCUGGGAGAUGCCAUUGUUUCUAUACAUGGAUCUUUGUUCUCCAAGCUGAGCAAAAAGCAAAUAUGAGAUGGUUAACAGCUAUUACAUUAGAUACUUUCUUUUUACACUCAACCUUGGAACCAUAAACAUGAACUAUUUCUCAGCAUCCUGGAAAGAUUUUGUUCUUUGAAUUUAAGUCAAAAAAAAUCUUAAAAGAUUUUUUGCAUUUAGAGCAAAACAAUAGGAAUCAUUCCAUUAUAUUUAAAUCCUCACUGUCUCAAGAGGAUUUCAUGCAGUAUUAUUCUGACAUCAAGCACAGUCAGAAAUGAAGGUAAAAUAUUUAUUGUGCCACAAGCAUUCAAAAAGACUAGAUUGUCUAAGAAACAGACGGUUCUGUCAGAGUGUAAUGAGCGGACCCAAGAGACUUUGUUCAGCAUUCCAUAUACUGGUUGCUUGAUAUUAAUCAUUUAUUGGGAAACUGUCAGCCAUAGUUUUCAGUCCAGCAGAUAUAGGGAACAAUUUUUCUCUACAAAUAAACUGUGAAAUGUACUU